CCAUGGAAGCAGCGUUUGGAGCCUGCAAAAGUCCCAGGGCCACCUUAGUCAUUCUCAGUUCUUACUUGCUGCUGUCUUCAGGGGCUGUGGUGCACAACUCAGGCAGGCUCUGGAGACGUGAAGUGUCCCAGUAUCCCCCAGCAGGGGGCAGCGUUGACCUCAAAGGAGCCCCUGUUCCCUGGAGCCUCCGCAUCCCAUCCACUACCUUGCAUGACUGGAUGCUCAAAUGGAUGUCCUCAGAUGUCACUGCCCCCUGGCCUGAGGACAAUGAAGAUGAAGGGCAAAACAGGAAGUCCCACCUGUGGGGCCCAAUGAGACAGGAAGCUCCGUCUCCUAGGGGCCAGAAGGUGGCGCUGUACCAGGCCAGCUGGGUUCCAGGUUGGGGCGGGAAGCGAAGUAUUGUGCUAGCAGAUGAUGCCGCCUUCAGGGAGAAAAGCAAGAUGCUGACAGCCAUGGAAAGGCAGAAAUGGCUCAACUCCUACAUGCAAAAGCUUUUGGUGGUGAACUCUGAGUAGGAGGAAGUGGGGGAAUUGGCAGGAGGCAGAGCGGGCACGGAGAUGUGAGGUGCAAGAAGGGUCAACCCAGCUGCAUUUCGCCUCUCUCAGAACCAAAUCCAGGGCAUUGUUUGAGUGACUGAGUUUACUUACGUGCUGCUUUUCCACAGGGAGCGGGGCCCAAAGCAAAACAACUACAG